CUCCGCGCCUCCCCCCAGCGCGCGGCGAUGGAGGCGCCCAGGCUCGGGCGGCGGAGGCGGAGCCCGAGCGCGGCCAUGGCGGGGCCCCUGAGUGCCAGUGGUGGUGUUUUCCCUUGUCGCCUGGAACCCCAUGCAGCUGGAACCCAGGCCUAGCGGGGCCAGGGCCCGCAGCCGAUUCCUGCCCCUGCAGCCACAGCGCCCUGAGGGGGCAGGGGACACGGUGAUGUACGCCUCCACUGAGUGCAAAGCUGAGGUGACACCCUCCCAGCAUGGCAACCGCACCUUCAGCUACACACUGGAGGAUCACACCAAGCAGGCCUUUGGUAUCAUGAAUGAGCUACGGCUCAGCCAGCAGCUAUGUGAUGUCACCCUGCAGGUCAAGUAUGAAGAUGCGCCAGCUGCCCAGUUCAUGGCCCACAAGGUGGUGCUGGCUUCAUCCAGCCCCGUCUUCAAGGCCAUGUUCACCAAUGGGCUGCGGGAGCAGGGCAUGGAGGUGGUGUCGAUUGAGGGCAUCCACCCCAAGGUUAUGGAGCGGCUCAUUGAGUUCGCUUACACAGCUUCCAUCUCCAUGGGUGAGAAGUGCGUGCUCCACGUCAUGAACGGUGCCGUCAUGUACCAGAUUGACAGUGUUGUCCGCGCCUGCAGUGACUUCCUGGUGCAGCAGCUGGACCCUAGCAAUGCCAUUGGCAUCGCCAACUUCGCCGAGCAGAUUGGCUGCGCCGAGCUGCACCAGCGUGCCCGCGAGUACAUCUACAUGCACUUUGGGGAGGUAGCCAAGCAAGAGGAGUUCUUCAACUUGUCCCACUGCCAGCUGGUGACCCUCAUCAGCCGGGAUGACCUGAACGUGCGCUGUGAGUCUGAAGUCUUCCACGCCUGCAUCAACUGGGUUAAGUACGACUGCGAGCAGCGGCGUUUCUAUGUGCAGGCACUGCUGCGUGCAGUGCGCUGCCACUCGCUCACGCCACACUUCCUGCAGAUGCAGCUGCAGAAGUGUGAGAUCCUGCAGUCGGACUCCCGCUGCAAGGACUACCUGGUCAAGAUCUUCCAGGAGCUCACCCUGCACAAGCCCACGCAGGUGAUGCCCUGCCGGGCGCCCAAGGUGGGCCGCCUCAUCUACACAGCUGGCGGCUACUUCCGCCAGUCCCUCAGCUACCUGGAGGCCUACAACCCCAGUGAUGGCACUUGGCUGCGGUUGGCGGACCUGCAGGUGCCACGGAGUGGCCUGGCAGGCUGUGUGGUGGGCGGGCUGCUGUAUGCCGUGGGCGGCCGGAACAACUCACCUGAUGGCAACACCGACUCUAGUGCCCUGGACUGCUACAACCCCAUGACCAACCAGUGGUCGCCCUGUGCCCCCAUGAGUGUGCCACGUAACCGCAUCGGGGUUGGGGUCAUCGACGGGCACAUCUAUGCCAUUGGCGGCUCCCAUGGCUGCAUCCAUCACAACAGUGUGGAGAGGUAUGAGCCAGAGCGGGACGAGUGGCACUUGGUGGCCCCAAUGCUAACGCGAAGGAUCGGGGUGGGAGUAGCUGUCCUCAAUCGUCUGCUGUAUGCCGUUGGGGGCUUUGAUGGGACGAACCGCCUUAACUCAGCCGAGUGUUACUACCCAGAGAGAAAUGAGUGGCGAAUGAUCACACCCAUGAACACCAUCCGAAGUGGGGCAGGAGUCUGUGUCCUGCACAACUGUAUCUACGCCGCGGGAGGCUACGAUGGUCAGGACCAGCUGAACAGCGUGGAGCGCUACGAUGUGGAAACGGAAACGUGGACUUUCAUGGCCCCCAUGAAGCAUCGGCGAAGUGCUCUGGGGAUUACUGUGCACCAGGGAAGAAUCUACGUCCUCGGAGGCUAUGACGGUCAUACAUUCCUGGACAGCGUAGAGUGUUACGACCCAGACACAGACACCUGGAGCGAGGUGACCCACAUGACGUCGGGCCGGAGCGGGGUGGGCGUCGCUGUCACCAUGGAACCCUGCCGGAAGCAGAUUGACCAGCAGAACUGUACCUGUUGAGCCUCUUUUGUUUCUUGGGCAAAAAAAUCACUGGUCUGACCAAGAGUGUUGUUUUUGUACAAAAACAGGGACGAAAGAAAAGGCGACAGCGGAUACUCAUCCUCCAGGAAGGGAGGCUGGGAUGCCUCAGUGUUAACAUGACAACUCUAAAGAAAAGAAGGCCAGAGUGGGGACCCGUGAGCCCCUCAGAGUAGUCCCAGGAAUGUCCAAGACAACCUGCACAGCGGGGGUUUGGGAAGGCCUGGCUCCCAGGAGAGAGGUCCCCACACCCACUGGCUGGAGACGAAGCCUGAGUCCCACACCAGCCGCUGCCACCUCCUUUGGAGGUCAAAGCACGGGUGAGGUCAGUUUUUGUCCUGGUGUCUUUAUGAUUGGUUCCUGGACCCUGGGAAGGGGCCAAGUGAGGCCUCAGGGGUUGAGGCCCCUCUGAAGUGUGGUCCCCAGGGAUGGGCCUGUAUAUAGAAGCCACUGGAUAUCUCUGCCCUGGACAGUCAUUUUGUUGAUAAGUAACCCUGUAACUUUCCAAUGAAAAUAAAAAACAAACUAACUAGUGUCUUCCA